GCGGGCGGAGCCGAGGGCAGGCGUCGAGCGAUCAGAUUUUCGUCAAGGAGGUGGCACCGGGGCGGGGAGGAUGGCCAUGCAGGUGCAGAUGGAGGCCAGCGCGGACACCUCAGUGGCGGAGGAAAACUUUGGCCCGCAGCCCAUAACCCGGCUGGAGCAAUGCGGCAUCAGCGCCAACGACGUGAAGAAGCUGGAGGAAGCCGGGUUUCACACGGUGGAGGCCGUGGCCUACGCCCCUAAGAAAGAGCUGAUCAACAUCAAAGGCAUCAGUGAAGCCAAAGCCGAUAAGAUCCUGACAGAGGCGGCUAAGCUCGUCCCGAUGGGCUUCACCACCGCCACCGAAUUCCACCAGCGGCGGUCGGAGAUCAUCCAGAUCACCACGGGCUCCAAAGAGCUGGACAAGCUGCUUCAAGGGGGCAUCGAGACGGGCUCCAUCACGGAAAUGUUCGGGGAGUUCCGGACCGGAAAGACCCAGAUCUGCCACACCUUGGCCGUGACCUGCCAGCUCCCUAUCGACCGGGGCGGCGGUGAGGGGAAGGCCAUGUACAUCGACACCGAGGGCACCUUCCGGCCCGAGCGGCUGCUGGCGGUGGCCGAGAGGUACGGCCUGUCGGGCAGCGACGUCCUAGACAACGUGGCGUACGCGCGAGGGUUCAACACCGACCACCAGACCCAGCUUCUCUACCAGGCCUCUGCCAUGAUGGUGGAGUCCAGGUACGCCCUGCUCAUCGUGGACAGUGCCACCGCCCUUUACAGAACCGACUACUCGGGCCGCGGGGAGCUCUCCGCCCGCCAGAUGCACCUGGCCCGCUUCCUGCGGAUGCUGCUGCGGCUCGCAGACGAGUUCGGCGUGGCGGUGGUCAUCACCAACCAGGUGGUGGCCCAGGUGGACGGGGCUGCCAUGUUUGCCGCCGAUCCCAAAAAGCCCAUUGGAGGAAACAUCAUCGCUCACGCCUCGACGACCAGGCUGUACCUGAGGAAGGGGCGCGGAGAGACCAGGAUCUGCAAGAUCUACGACUCGCCCUGCUUGCCCGAGGCGGAAGCCAUGUUCGCCAUCAACGCCGACGGUGUGGGCGACGCCAAAGACUGAAGCCGGCCCCCGGGCCUGGCUGGACUUUGCCGCCCGGGGUUGAGGCCGGCUCCCAGGGGGCCGCCCGGCCUUUCCCCCCAACUGAGGGCCGGGG